GCCCUCUGACAGGGGCCGAGGUAGGCAGAAACUUCUUAUCCAGAUCCAGUUUGUAGCAUAGCCAUGCCCAAGAAAGGGAAAAAGAUGACCCCGUCCGAUGAAGAACACCUGCUCCUGUUUCAGCAGAAGCUGUUGGCAGAGGAAGAAAUGGCCAAAAAGAAGGAGAAACUCUUGAGCCAGUUCUUGAAGGACAAAUUGGCCAAGGAGGAGCAUAAUACUGCUCUGAACCUUAAUAAGGUUAACACACAGUGGAGAACCAUCCUGCGAGAAGUCAAAACCAAAGAGCUUCAUAAAGACAUUGAAAUCCUCAGUCAAACAUUUGAACGAGUGGUGGACUGCAAGAAUAGUGUCAUCAAGUCUUUAGCUAAAGACCUGGCAGAAGCUGAGGAGCAGUAUGCCCAUGCCCUGCGCAGCCACCUGCACAACAUUGAUCAGCUCUUGGCCCUGCAGAGGUGUCGGCUCAGCCUCCUGGAAGAAGGCUACAACAUGGAGUUAGAAGCCCUGACCAAAGAGUUUGAGACAGAAAGGAAGAUAAUCAUUGACCAACAUGAGAAAGAUAUUCGCUACCUGCAAGAUGUCUUCAUGGCCAUGGAGCAGAACUAUAUCGACUCUGAAUAUGAAAGCAAGCUGGAGUUUCAGAGCAUGUGGGACGAUCUCAAAAACAAGAAUUUAGAAGAGAAGCACUUUCUGAGACUGCAACUGGAGAACAUUGUGGAAGAUCUGUGGAGAAAGUUCCAGGAAGCACUCAAGAAUUACACUGAUGCCACAGAGGACCGAAAGAUUGCCUUUGAGACCCUGAAGGUGAAGGAUGAGAAGAGUACCAAAGAGAUUGAAGAUCAGAUGAAAAAAAUACAGAAACUACAGGAGGCCAUAAGUAUUUUAAAAUGCAAAAUUUUGUUGCACAUUCGUGAGAGUGAGGAACAAAACCAAUAUAUUGAUAAUGACAAAGAGUUGGUCCUUGUCCAGUUACGGAAACUUAAAGCUCAGAGAACCCAAGCGCGGGGAAUAUCACAGAAGAAUCUGGUUAAGCUCACUCUGGAAAGUAAUGCUACACUGAAGGCCCUGAAAAAGAUUGUUGAUAAGGGUGAAAAGAUCCUCAAACUUGCUGAAAUGUGUAGGAAGUAUGAAACAGAGCAAGAGAAAGUGCUGCCUUUUUAUUCAUCAGUACUAACCCCUGAGGAACAAGCGGAGAUAGCAGAAAAUAACCCCGAAGAGCUUACUGAGGAGCUCGCAAAGGUGAUGAUGGACUACACAGGGAUGGAGAAUUUCUGGAAAAGGUACAACAAAGUGAACCUGGAGCAACUGAGCCUCCAACGCAGACGAGAUCAGCUAUUAGAAAUCAAUAGGAAGCUGAGGGAGAUGCUCAAGCAGUACUUGGAUAGCAUCUCAGUGAGCGAUGAAGUGCUAAGCCAGCGCAACCCACUCUUCAUUGUCAAUUUUAAAAGCAAUUUACCUCAGCCUUUGUCCAAACCUGUAGCUCUGCCAGGUGGCAAACAACAUCCACCCAUUUACAAUAUCAUUGAAGCAGCCCACGUGAUUUCCCAUAUCCUGUGAUCCAAGGAGAAAAUUCUUUCCCAGCCUAAGAUUUUUUUUUUGAGAUCCAAAGAUUUUGCUAUUAAAAAUUUGCA